UUUUAUCCACAGGCCUUAUGAUGGUAGAUGGAGCAAAACCAUGAUUGGAUAUGGGCCAGAAGAUAGCCACUUUGUGUGUGAACUUACCUACAACUAUGGAGUCUCGUCCUAUGAAAAUGAUCCAGUGCAGCAAGUGGUUUUGGCUAGCAGUAAACUAGAAGCUUCAGUUCAUUACUGGAGGAACUUGGCAGGAUUAACCAUCUAUGGAGAAAACAAUAAUGAAGCUACUUUUGGUUUUCACGAAGACCAGGCAAAAUUAGUUCUUCGUGAUAUUGGUAUUCCUGUAAACCAUGCAAAGGCUUUUGGCCGCAUUGCAUUUGCUGUUCCUGGGGGUAGUCUUCUUGGAACUGAAGAAAAGAUGAAAGAAGCAGGUCAGAAAAUCAUCACACCUUAUGUAUCUUUGGAUACUCCAGGGAAAGCAACAGUACAAGUUGUAAUUCUUGCAGAUCCUGAUGGCCAUGAAAUCUGCUUUGUUGGUGAUGAAGGUUUCCGUGAAUUAUCCCAAGUGGAUUUGAAUGCAGAUACACUCCUCAAUGAAGCAAUGGAAAAAGACAAGUCUGAUGAAUGGUUUGCUAAGAAAGGAGGAAAAGCUUCAGCUUAAACAGGGCUGUCAUGAGAUUUCUUUCUGGAUUUUUGUGGACUCUAUGAGGGAUAAUGUUUGUCAUUCAAACAUUGAAUCAAAAAGAAACAGAACCAAUACAAACAGGUAGUUGGGUUAAUAUUAUAUGACUACAAAUAUGCAUAAAGGAUAUACUUUCUUGACAAAUAAGCUCUAUGUACAUAUUAAUGUAUGU